AUGCGCUCUCCCGGUCCUACCCAAGACCUCACCAGUGAGGUAUCCUCGCUGCGUAGCUCUCCGGCUUUAUCUGUCCGCUCGUUAUCCUCCUCUAGCUCAGGCGCUGCUCCACCGCCCUCGGAACAGGGUGGUCUCAGCGCAUCGGUCGCCAGCGUUAUGGGUAUCCCACCCGCUCCGUUCAUACCUCAGGCCCCAGCAAGCCCGCCCGGUCUUUCGCGCAGGUCGCCCUCGCCUACCUCCGCUCGCUAUGGCCCCCUCAUCUCGCUCGACUUCGUUGUUUUCCUCCAAUGGCUCAUGACGAACCUGGACCAGCGCGGGAUGCGUCAGGCUCUCUUCUGGCUCCUCUCGCCCAUUGGCGUCUGCCUCGUGCACCCGGGCUCCAUCAUCAUCCAUCGCCUUCGUCCAGGAUUCGAGUGUUAUGGCCGCGUCACUACAUUCCUCAUGAAGAGUUGCACUGAAGCGGUCUUCCAAAUGCGUGUGUUGGGGUGGCAGACCACUCGAGGCUGGUGCGCGCCCGGAGGCGAUCUGUUCUCCUACCUCAUUGUUCCCCUGGCCCGAUGCCCGCGGGAGUACUCGCAGACAGGAUGGAACUACUUCCACUACGCGUUCUCGCUUCAGCAGCACGUGGUGGACAUCGUUCACAACGUACGCGCUAUGCUCGAUGGCCAGCUCAAUCCGACCGUUGGCCACGUUGACUGGGCCACCGCCUGGUUCAUGCUCACCCACCUCACCAUGCCAGCCGUCCGGGCAUUCGAGCCCAGCAUCAGCAACGGCCUCACAUUCAUGGCGGACGAUCUCAGCACUCCGCUUCGCCAAGGAAUGGCGAUGCCGCCACCAGGCUUCAACCCUAACGGUCUGGUGAGUAUCCUGGUCUAG